GGGGGUGAUGAUUGAAAUCGCAAAAUGUAAGCGAGGGUGCGCGUGCACAAGGAGCGUGAAAUUUAAAACGGAAGCAGGUAGACGCAGCACAACUUCGCUUCCGGUGUAAAUAUGUGAAGAGAAAUCCAGCUGUUGUUCAUUAAAAAUCCAAAUUUAUAAACGCCAUCAUGGGGAAUGGUAUGAAUAAGAUUAUUAAAGGUGUAUAUAUUGGUAAUUUUCGAGAUUCUAAAGAUCAAAAACAACUAACAGAGAAUAACAUAACACACAUCCUUUCAAUACAUGAUAAUGCCACACCGAUACUGCCUGACAAGGAAUAUCUGUGCCUUAUAGCUAGUGAUCAUCCUGCUCAAGAUCUCACUCAGUUUAUUUCACAAUCAAAUGAUUUUAUACAUAAAGCUCGACUCAGUGGAGGAAAUGUUAUUAUUCAUUGCCUGGCUGGUGUAUCACGUAGUGUUACAUUAACAGCUGCCUAUAUCAUGACAGUAACAAAUCUUCAAUGGAGAGAUACCUUAAACUCAAUUCGUGGUGCUAGAAGUUGUGCAAACCCAAAUUUUGGCUUUCAAAGGCAGCUGCAAAAAUUUCAGGAAGAAAUGUUAGAAGAGGAAAAGAAACGUUUUUUUGCUCUUCAUGGAAAAAGUCCUUUUGAUGAUGAAUCCGAUUGUAAAAUAAAUCUUAGUGCCUACCAAAAGUUUUUAUUAGGUAAUGCGGAAGAUGAGUCUACAUAUCCACUACCACAUAAUGCCUACACUGAGAAAGAAAAAAGACAAGGAUCUAAUGAAGAUAAAAAAUCAUCUUGAACAAAAUCCAACUCGCACAAAUUAAGAAAACCAGGUAUCGAUAAGAUUUAGAAUAUAGGAACUGUUUUGUAUAUUUGGUAGAAUUACCUUAAUGUGUUUUAUUAAGGAGUCUGUAAGUUAUCGGUUGUUUUUCAAGCAGCAUCAUACAUACUCUUAAGUCAAGGUAUAUCUGUAAUAAAUGUAGAUAAAACUGGUGUACAGUUUGAGUUAUUAACGACUGCCAAUAGUUUAUAAAUGUAUGAACUUUAUAUUAAAGUACAUAUACUCUACCAGUAUUUUUCUUUUGUAAUUUAUCAUCUUUGAAAAUGAAAGAAGUCAUUGAUGUGAUUGAUAUGUUGUACACUAAAGACAGUGUUACUGUAUACUUAGAUUAUUGGGUUUACAUUUUUCUUUAAUAAUUCUUAUAACUGAUUGCUUUUUCUUCAAUAUAUGAGUGAGAAAAGAAAAAAAAAGAUUGGAAACCUCAUUAUUAUACAUUUUCCAUGUAGCAUUAUUCAUCUGUUGUAAGAAUUGUUGGCACAUUGUUUCAUUAAGUAGUUUUUAUUCCAAUCAUCCAUAUUAAAUGGAUAUAAAUAUAAAUGGGAAGCUUCAUCACUUUAAUGAUGAUUUUGAAGUAAAUUAUAGAGCUAUUCAUGGUAUAACAUUGUUCAUUACUUUAUGUUAUUAAUGUUUCAAGAAUUAUAAAGACACCUGAUAAGCUUGGGAUAUUACUGGCAGCUAAUGCCCUGGUUUCCAUGUUGCUGGUUUCUUUGGAAAGUUUGCUAGAGCUUGAAAUAUUUGGGUUUCUACAGUUAUUUGGGCCAGUACUCUUUAAUUUUUGAUAGUCACCCUGAUGAACAUUUAUUUCAAUAAUAAAGUACUGCGUGUAUUUUACAUAUAAAGUUAACUUGUACAUGUACAAUGGUAAUCUUAUUUUUAAACUAUGGUGCUACUUUUUAAAAAUAUCCUUGUUCAAAUUUUGUGUAAAAAUAUAUCAAAUGUUUGUCAAUAUUGUUUGCUAGUAUCAGUGGUGAUCCUAGACCAUUAUUUGCAUUUAUUUGUUAUGUCUUUAAUUAGAUCACAUUUUGAUGAUCAUUUUUGCAAUAUUCAACCAUUUUAUUUGUUUUCAACAAAUUUAGAUUUUUAUUAUAAUAACAAUUCAUGAAAAAAUCUCUAAUAGUUUGUUUGAUUUACUGUGUAUAUUUUCUGGUUUAUAUGUGAUAACUAAUAACUAAUAAUGAUUUUUCUAAUAAAGAUAUUAGAUAUGUGUAAUAUUUACUGAAAUUUAAGAGGUCAGUAUACAACAAUUUAUGCAAUUUAUUGUGAAAAUUUGUGAAAUUAUGCAAUUGUUGAAAUUGUUGUUUAUAAUAUUUUCAAGAUACUUUAUUCAAUAUAAACUAAAUAUUGUUGAUACUAUUAAGAAUCUCAUACAAGUAAUUUUAUUUAUAUCAAAUACAUCAAUGCAUGUCAUUUGAUAACAAAAAAGUCAACACUUCACCGAGAUGACAUGUUUAAUAUUUAUUGCCAAAAAGAAAUAUUGAAAUCAGGGUGCCCAAUCAAAUGGUUUGGUAAAGGAAUAUCUUAUCAAUGAGAGUAGUAAAAUGAUUAUCUCCAAUCAAUAAUGAUUCCCUUAAAAACAAGUUUUGAUAUAGUUAUCACUGAAAAUUGUUUUUAAACAUAAUGAAGAAAACAAAUAAUAAUCUGACUGACUCAUUAAAGUAGCAAUGUUUUUUUGGGUUUUUUUAUUUCAUGUCCAAUCUUAACAUGAUGUAAUAACAUGUUAGUUUAUAGCCAUAUACUGCUUACUGUUUCCUAUAUAUUCCGACAUUUCUCAAGUUAGAAAAAUUCAAUUUCUUUAAAAAUGUGGUAAACAAGAAGGGUACGAUGUAACAGAAUUUGAGAAUUACUAUCUAAUAUUGUUAGGUAUAUUUAACAAUAAAUUUGUUUACAAGCUGACAAAUUAUGACCAAUUAUUCUGAUAUGCAUAAACUAAGUGCUACUUUAAAUAGAUUUGUAAAAUAAAACUUGUAACAAAAUAGGAAGAAAUGUCUGUUGAAGAAAUUGUUAUAGUUUUGAUGAAUGUCAGGUUUCAAACAUCUCAUUUUCAUGUACUUAAUAUUAAUAUCUGUAGUUUAAAACCACAAUGGAGAAAAUCAAACAAAUGAUGUUGUAACCAAAAGGUAGAGCCUUUUGUGAUUUUGUAUGUGAUAUGUUUUUAAUUUAUUUUUGUAAAUUUUUAUAUCCUCUGGAAGAAGCAUUUGAUUUCAUUUUAGAUAAUAAUAAAUGUGUGCAACAA